AAUUCCUAAGCCUAAAAUUUUAAUUAACUUUAGUAAUUUUCAUUGGAAUUAAAGUUAAAUAAAGUUUAAAGUGUGGUCUCAAAAUUAAAAUUAACACUGACGUGAACAUAGCAGCAGGUAACUCACUGCAGCUGCCAUUGUGAAUCGAUAGAGGGCGCAGUUGUACUCGUGAUGUUGUUACAUACCGUAUGGGCGUGUGAGUGCUUGUGCAAAAAAAAUAGUGUUUUGUGAUGUUUACGCGUUAAUGGAACACAAAAACGGUACAAAGACUGCGAUGUGAAGAAAUAAAACAAACAAAAACAGAAACCACGUGCCUUAAACAAACCGCAGCGACACAAGUGCCUUCUAGAGAUAGAAGACGAACGAAACGAGAAACGAAACUUAGUUUAUAGACGUCAAGCGAUCCGCAGUCACCGCAAGCAUUGGCGGGCGCGUGACGCUCCCUGCGCGAGCGAGUCGAGAGAGCCCUCCAGGACAACUGGCGGCGGCUGACCGCGGCCCAUACUGACACAACCCCCCACCGGACAAGACAACGCUCGUUCAGCUGCGAGCGACGUAAGCGCAGGCCCAGCGCGCUCUCUCUAGACCUACAGCCCGAGGACAGACUCUUCCACACUGCCACUAUACACAAAGCCCACUCCCUAAGCAAGAUGGCGACGCUCUCCCUCAAGAUAUCGCUCAAUAGCGGGCAGGUGGUCAAGACCAUCCAGUUCGACCCGGCAACCACGGUGUACGACGCCUGCCGCGCCAUCCGCGAGAAGAUACAGGAGGCGCACGAGAGCGAGCCGAAAGAGUUCGGUCUCUUCUUAGCAUCCGAGGAGGACCCCAAGAAGGGCAUCUGGCUGGAGCCGUCGCGGAGCCUCGACUACUACAUGCUGCGGAACGGAGACCUGCUGGACUACAGCAAGAAGACCAGGAACCUGCGCGUCAGGAUGCUUGACGGAACUGUCAAAACCCUAUUGGUGGACGACAGCCAGAUUGUGGCCAACCUGAUGGUGGUCAUUUGCACCAAGAUCGGCAUCACCAACUACGACGAGUAUGGCCUGGUCCGCGAAGAACAGAAGGAGGAGCCGGAUCCGUGCGAGAAGCCUAACUACGGCACCCUCACGCUUCGCAGGAAGCACCAUGAGAAGGAACGAGACGCCAAGAUGGAACAGCUCAGGAAGAAGCUGCGGACUGAUGAUGAAGUGAACUGGGUAGAACCAGCCAAGACUCUCCGCGAGCAAGGCAUCGACGUCACAGAGACGCUUCUCCUUCGCCGCAAGCUGUUCUUCUCAGACCGCAAUGUGGAUUCCCGCGACCCUGUGCAGCUUAACUUGCUGUACGUCCAAGCUAGAGAUGCUGUGCUGGACGGGACGCAUCCCGUCACGCAGGAUAAAGCAUGCGAGUUCGCCGGUAUCCAGUGCCAGAUACAGUUCGGAGACCACAAGGAGGACAAACACACGCCCGGAUUCUUGGACCUCAAAGAGUUCCUGCCGGCGUCGUACGUGAAAGUAAAAGGAAUUGAGAAGAAAAUCUUCAAGGAACAUAAGAAACACGUCGGUCUCAGCGAGCUGGAUGCUAAAGUUCUGUACACCAAGAGCGCUAGAGAUCUGAAGACUUAUGGAGUUGCUUUCUUCCUCGUCAAGGAGAAAAUGAAAGGAAAGAACAAACUGGUGCCGCGUCUCCUCGGAGUCACGAAAGACUCCGUUCUUCGUCUGGAUGAGAAGACCAAGGAGAUUCUGCAGACCUGGCCUUUGACCACCGUGCGUCGCUGGUGCGCCAGUCCUAACACAUUCACGCUGGACUUUGGAGACUACAGCGACCAGUACUACUCAGUACAGACAACCGAAGCGGAGCAGAUCCUGCAAGUGAUCGCGGGCUACAUCGACAUCAUCGUACGCAAGCAGCGCGCCAAGGACCACCUCGGGAUCGACGCCGAUGAAGGCUCCGCCAUGCUGGAAGACUCCGUGCAGCCUUCCAAAGCCAACAUCAUCCAGCACGACACGUUUGUCUCUGGCAAGGUGAACACGGAAUCCGUGGCCAAACCCGCCGUGCACCGGCCUGGCGCUGAAGGCGCGAAGUCGUUCGCAGUCGGACAUAUGACGGGCGCACAGCAGACCACGGUGUCCGGACAAGUCAUCACGGGACACACGCCGCCCGCGGCCGCACAAGUACAGCAGACGAAGGUGACCACGGUCAUGACGGAGCCUCAAAGGGCUCUGCUAUCCACCAUCACUUCGGGACGCGAGGUCAUCGAGCGCGCUGAGAGCAGGCUCACUAGGGCCAACAUACCAGAGUUGGGUGGAGAUGCUGCCUCCAUCAAGUGGAAGCAGGUCACCAUGGACAGCAGCAAGCAGGCCGUGACGUCACACAUCGCCGCCAUGAACGCGGCCACCGCGCAGGUCGUCACGCUCACCUCAGGUCCAACCGAAGAAGUAGACCACACAGCAGUAGGUGCAGCCAUCACUACCAUUACUACCAACCUGCCCGAGAUGACCAAAGGCGUGCAGAUGAUCGCGGCGCUGAUGGAAGACGAUGGAGACAGACUGCUGGACGCUACCAGGAAGCUGUGUGUGGCUUUCUCGGACCUGCUGACUGCUGCUGAACCGGAGACUAAAGAGCCGCGCCAGAACCUUCUCAACGCAGCUUCCCGCGUCGGCGAAGCCUCCACAUCCGUCCUGCACACCAUCGGCGAAGAGACCGAAGAGGAUAAGGAAACCCAGGACAUCCUGCUCUCCCUGGCUAAGGCCGUGGCCAAUACGACAGCGGCGCUGGUUCUCAAAGCCAAGAACGUGGCCGCCGCGUGUCGCGACGACCCGCCGCUGCAGAACCAGAUCAUAGCUGCUGCUACUGAUGCUGCCCUCGCUACGAGCCAGCUGGUGGCUUGUGCUAAGGUGGUAGCCCCAACGCUACACAGCGCGGCCUGCCGCGAGCAAGUCGUCAGCGCGGCCCGAGCGGUCGCCGGCGCCGUCGAGCGGCUGCUACAAGCGGCGCCGCCCGCCGCCGCCGCGCCGCACCGCCUGCCCGACGCGGCGAAACGGGUCACUGACGAGCUGGACCGCUUGCUGGCUCACUGCACGCUCGUCUCUCAGCAAGUCGUCAGCGCGGCCCGAGCGGUCGCCGGCGCCGUGGAGCGGCUGCUACAAGCGGCGCCGCCCGCCGCCGCCGCGCCGCACCGUCUGCCCGACGCGGCGAAACGGGUCACUGACGAACUGGAUCGCUUGCUGGCUCACUGCACGCUCGAGCGCCACGCCCAAGCGACAGUGACCGAGCGAACAGUGGAGACAGUAAUGACGGCAUCCGAGCGAGUGGUGGGCGCCGGCGACGCUACUGAAAUGGUGCGACACGCCAGACAGCUGGGACAAGCUACGGCGCACCUCAUCACUAAUAUUAAGACGGAAGCAGAGAGCCAGCCUUCGGAAUCACAACGCAAGCUGUUGGCAGCCGCCAAGUUGUUAGCCGAUGCCACUGCCAGGAUGGUGGAAGCGGCUAGACAGUGUGCUUCGUCGCCACAGGACCGCGAGAAGCAAGACGCCCUCCGCAAGGCGGCAGAAGAAGUGCGAUACAUCACAGCGGACUACGCGCAAGGACAGGACAUUAUCGGCUCGCAGGUCGCCAGGCUACAGGAAAGCGCCCGCCAAGCUGCUUCAAGCGCCAACCAAAUGAUAACGUCGGCGCAGAACGCUACUCAGUACAACACCAACAAAUACUCACAGGAGACGCUCCUCCAAGAGUGCCAGACGCUCAGUUCCCAAGUCCCGCGCGUGCUGGACGCGGCGCAGGCGUCAAGCACGAGGCCCGGCGCCGCCGCCGCCCAGCUCGACCUCAUCUCAGCCUCCGAAGCCUUGCUGCAGUCAAGCGGCCACGUGAUCGCAGCGUCGCGCGCAGUACUGCCAACAGUGCAGCAAGGCCACGCCGGCAAGCAUCUAGCUGGGAGCACGCAGCGCCUCGCCACCAGCUGCGCCGAGCUCAGGUCGGCCGUCAGUCGCGCUCGCAUCUCGUGCAAGGGCUUGGAGCUAGACGCGGCGGCCGAGAUCAUCCGCAGCUUGCAAGCCGAGCUGGAUGAGCUGGACCGAGCGGCGAAGGCUUUCGAGCUGCGCCCGCUGCCUGGACAGACGGAGGAGUGGGCAUCAGCAACAAUGCGCAAUGCCGCUCGCUCGGCAGCGUCAUCGACGUCUCAGCUGGUAUCCAGCUGUCGCCUCGGAGCGGGCGAGGGCUGCGGCCGAGCGGGCGGCGAGCUGGCGGCGGCGCUGCGGGACUUCAGCGGCGGCGUGAGAGCAGCGGUGGCCACGCAACCCGAGCCACACAGGAGGGACAGCGCUCGCUCGGCCUCAUCGACGUCUCAGCUGGUAUCCAGCUGUCGCCUCGGAGCGGGCGGCGAGCUGGCGGCGGCGCUGCGGGACUUCAGCGGCGGCGUGAGAGCAGCGGUGGCCACGCAACCCGAGCCACACAGGAGGGACAGCGCUCGCUCGGCCUCAUCAACGUCUCAGCUGGUAUCCAGCUGUCGCCUCGGAGCGGGCGGCGAGCUGGCGGCGGCGCUGCGGGACUUCAGCGGCGGCGUGAGAGCAGCGGUGGCCACGCAACCCGAGCCACACAGGAGGGACAGAGUAAUAUCCUCGGGACGCCAAGUGCUGACGUCAUCGCUGACGCUGGUUGAAACUGUCAAGACGUACCUCUCCAGCUCCGAGCAAAUGGAUACCGCGCACAUCGUCUCCAUCGCCAAAGACAUAUCCGAGCGUCUAGAAUCCACAUUGGAGGCAGUCCCCUCGCAGACAGAGCUGGAUGCGGCGGCUGAAAACAUCAACGAGACCCUCAAUAUACUGAAUAUGGGAGAGUUCCCGCCUUCUGACAAGAGCUAUGGCGAGCUGCAAUCAGAACUGAACACAGCGGCAGUAGAACUCAACACAGCGUCGUCUGACGUAGUAGGCGGAGUGGAUAAGCCACAACAGCUGCGAGCCAGCGGCCGCCAGUUCGGCGAGGCCUACAACCGGCUCAUAUCCGUCGCUAUGGAGAUGGCUGGACAGACCGAGGACCGCGAGACCCAGACCCUCAUGGUGACGUCCAUGAAGUCGGUGACGGUGAACUCGUCCAAGCUGCUGGCCACCGCCAAGUCCGUCAGCCAGGACCUCGCGCGGCCCAAUGCCAACAACCAGCUCGCCGCUGCUGCCAGAGCUGUCACUGACAGCAUUAAUAGGCUGUACGGGCGUCAGACCCGCAUGGUGACGUCCAUGAAGUCGGUGACGGUGAACUCGUCCAAGCUGCUGGCCACCGCCAAGUCCGUCAGCCAGGACCUCGCGCGGCCCAAUGCCAACAACCAGCUCGCCGCUGCUGCCAGAGCUGUCACUGACAGCAUUAAUAGGCUGUACGGGCGUCAGACCCGCAUGGUGACGUCCAUGAAGUCGGUGACGGUGAACUCGUCCAAGCUGCUGGCCACCGCCAAGGCCGUCAGCCAGGACCUCGCGCGGCCCAAUGCCAACAACCAGCUCGCCGCUGCUGCCAGAGCUGUCACUGACAGCAUUAAUAGACUGCAAGCAUCGUUUGUGAAUACGGGCGUCAGACUCAUGGUGACGUCCAUGAAGUCGGUGACGGUGAACUCUUCCAAGCUGCUGGCCACCGCCAAGUCCGUCAGCCAGGACCUCACACGGCCGAAUGCAAACAACCAGCUCACCGCUGCUGCCAGAGCUGUCACUGACAGCAUUAAUAGGCUGACCCUCAUGGUGACGUCCAUGAAGUCGGUGACGGUGAACUCGUCCAAGCUGCUGGCCACCGCCAAGGCCGUCAGCCAGGACCUCGCGCGGCCCAAUGCCAACAACCAGCUCGCCGCUGCUGCCAGAGCUGUCACUGACAGUAUUAAUAGGCUGCCCACGCAGCCGCUGUGCGAGCUCGGGUACUUCGCCUGCCUGGACGCUGUGCUGGAGCAGAGCAAGGGACUCAGCUCAGGGUCACUCAAAGCACAGCACGACGCGAAGGAAUACGCGGCGGCCAUCUUGCGUAUCCAUUCGCCCACGCAGCCGCUGUGCGAGCUCGGAUACUUCGCCUGCCUGGAUGCUGUGCUGGAGCAGAGCAAGGGACUCAAGCAGAAGGACGCUGAAGGAAUGCGCAGCGGCCAUCUUAUGCAUCUAGUCGCCUUGCAGCCGCUGUGCGAGCUCGGGUACUUCGCCUGCCUGGAUGCUGUGCUGGAGCAGAGCAAGGGACUCAGUGAGGGAAUGUCCGGAAUUGCAAGUGCUGUGAAACGAUCCGAGCACGAGCAGUUUGCUCGCUCAGUCGGUUCUGUCGCCGCCGCCGUCACUGGGCUCGUGGAAUGUACAGCGCAGGCCGCUUACCUGGUGGCGAUAUCGGACGAGACGAGCGCGGCCGGGCGACCAGGCCUAGUCGACCAGGCGCAGUUCGCGCGCGCCGCCGCCGCCAUCGACCUCGCCUGCAGGCAGCUGGCCGACCCUGCCAGCACGCAGCAGCAGGUGCUAUCAGCAGCGACAGUGGUAGCCAAGCACACCUCAGCGCUAUGCAACGCGUGCCGCGUGGCCUCCUCCAAGACUCAAGAACCCCAAGCGAAGAGACACUUCGUGCAGGCUGCUAAAGAUGUAGCCAACUCUACUGCAGCUCUUGUGAAGCAGAUUAAAGCGCUUGACAGCGACUAUAGUGAGGAAAACCGCGCCCGCUGCGCCGCUGCAACCGGUCCUUUGCUAGAAGCGGUGCGUGGACUAGUCUUGUUCGCGGACCGACCCGAGUUUGCCAGCGUGCCCGCUCGAGUUUCACAGCAAGCACGCGCUUCGGUGGAGCCUAUACUGCAGUGCGGCAGCGCAACCGGUCCUUUGCUAGAAGCCGUGCGUGGACUCGUUUUGUUUGCGGACCGACCCGAGUUUGCUAGCGUGCCCGCUCGAGUUUCACAGCAAGCACGCGCUUCGGUGGAGCCUAUACUACAAUGUGGCAGGAGCAUAAUAUCGUCGUCCUGCUCGAUGCUGGAAGCAGCCAAGGUGCUCGCUCUAUCACCACAGGAGCGAACGCAGUGGCAACAACUAGCUGCGCAUAGCAAGACCGUAUCCGACAGCAUCAAGGCGCUCGUCACCGACAUCCGGGACAAGGCGCCAGGUGUCAAGGAGUGUACGGCAGCUCAAGAGACACUAGCGCGGCUGUUACGAGAACUCGACACCGCCGCCAUCCAGGCAGUUGGACAGGAGCUCGCGCCGCGACAGGGGAACACGUGGCAGGGCAGUUGGACAGGAGCUCGCGCCGCGACAGGGGAACACGUGGCAGGGUACGUGUGGACAGGGUACACUAGGGACAGGCGUGAGGAGUGCACGGCAGCUCAAGAGACACUAGCGCGGCUGUUACGAGAACUCGACACCGCCGCCAUCCAGGCAGUUGGACAGGAGCUCGCGCCGCGACAGGGGAACACGUGGCAGGGCAGUUGGACAGGAGCUCGCGCCGCGACAGGGGAACACGUGGCAGGGUACGUGUGGACAGGGUACACUAGGGACAGGCGUGAUGAGUGCACGGCAGCGCAAGAGACACUAGCGCGGCUGUUACGAGAACUCGACACCGCCGCCAUCCAGGCAGUUGGACAGGAGCUCGCUCCGCGACAGGGGAACACGUGGCAGGGUUACUCGGAGCAGAUCGAGAAUAGCGCCACAGAAAUGCUAGAGCGCGUGGAGCCGCUUCGAGUGGCCGCUAUAGGCGAGGCUGAGAACUUGGGACACGCCGUCACGCAGCUGGUAUCAUACGCAGAAGCAACGUGCACGGGCGCAGUGAGCCUAGCGUCGCUAGUGACGCAAUCGGAUGCACAGGCGGCGCUGCUACAACACACUCGCACUGUAUUAGAGGCAGCCAUGGCGUUAUUGCGAGCCGCCGCCGCUGCACGCGGGAACCAGAGGGCGGCGCUGCUACAACACACUCGCACUGUAUUAGAAGCUGCCAUGGCGUUAUUGCGAGCCGCCGCCGCCGCGCGAGUGAGCCUAGCGUCACUAGUGACGCAAUCGGAUGCGCAGGCGGCGCUUCUACAACACACUCGCACUGUAUUAGAAGCUGCCAUGGCGCUGCUGCGAGCCGCCGCCGCUGCACGCGGGAACCAGAGGGCCGUGUCAGCCCACAGCGAGGUCAACGCCCAAUCGCAGCUGACUCGCUCGUCGCUGAGCGAACUGAGCGCGUUCGUCCGCUCACUGAGUACCGAACGCGGCGCCGUCGGCCCACUUCUGGAGUCGCUGGCACGCUGUCAGCAGCGACUGGCUGAGAACAGGAUGUCUCUGAUCGCGUCGUACGACGAGAACGACUCGUUUGUUGACUACCAGGCGCGUAUGAUCGCGGCUGCUAAGGAGAUCGCGCGACUCGCCACAGACAUGACGGCGAAGUCAGCCACCGACGCUAGUCGACUGGUGCAACUAGGCAGCGAGAUGGUGCACAAGUACGAAUCAUUGGCGCAGGACAGCUUGGGAGCCGCCGCUACUACGCCCAACGCAGACGUCGCUAACAGCAUCCGCUCCGCAGUGGUGGAGCUAGGAGAGAGUGUAUCGGAGUUAGUUCGUGCGGGAGGCCACUGCCGACUCGCUGCGUUGCCGCAGAAUCAACGAGCCGUUGCGCAGCACGCACAGCGGGUCAGCGAGAAGGUGAUAGCAGUGCUCAGCGCUCUCCAAUCGUGUUCCCGCGGCACUCAAGCUUGCAUAGACGCGGCUGCCACCAUCGCUGCCAUUAUUGGAGACCUGGACACCACCAUCCUGUUCGCUAGUGCUGGCACUCUCCACUCCGAGAAAGAAACAGACACCUUCUCAGACCACCGCGAGAGCAUCCUGAAGACGGCCAAGACUUUAGUGGAGGACACCAAGACGCUGGUCGGCGGCGCCGCCGGCUCGCAGGACCAGCUCGCCGCCGCCGCCGCUGCCGCCGUCAGCACUAUUGUGCAACUAUGCGAAGUCGUCAAGCAAGGCGCCAUGUCCCUCGGCUCCAGUAGCCCCGAGUCCCAAGUUCUAUUACUACACGCGGCACGCGACGUCGCCGCAGCAUUGAGAGACUUGGCCGCUGCCACCACGGCGGCCAGUGGCAAGCACCACCACCACCCCGAUAUGGCACGGCUGAAGCAUGCUGCUAAGGUGAUGGUGACCAACGUGACGUCACUGCUGAAGACCGUCAAGGCUGUGGAAGACGAGCACACCAGAGGCACCAGGGCCCUCGAGUCGACCAUAGAAGCUAUCUCGCAGGAGAUUGAGGUCCUUCUAUCCGACUCGCCGCCUAAAGGCACGGCUACCGCCGAGGAGUUGGUGCGCUGCACUCGCCAAAUGACCACCGCGACUGCUCGAGCGGUUGCUGCCGGUAACGCCAACAAGCAAGACCAGCUCACUGCAGCUGCCAACCUUGGCAGGAAGACUGUGGUGGACCUGCUGGUGGCUUGCAAGGCCGCAGCCUACACAGCGGAGAGCGAAGAAGUGCGCACGCGCACGAUCGAAGCCGGCGCCGCCGCCGCCAGCGCCUACCGCGCCUUGCUGACUGCGGUGCUUAACGCCGUCGGUGGCGCCGACAAGCAACACUUCCCCGAGCUGUCUAGAAGAGUCGCUCAUGCUGUGGCUGAUAUCAUAGCCGCUGCGGAACUGCUUAAAGGAUCGGACUGGGUGGACCCAGCAGACCCCACUGUGAUAGCGGAAAGCGAGCUACUGGGCGCGGCGGCGUCCAUCGACGCGGCCGCGAGGAAAUUGGAUGCUUUGAGGCCGCGACGACCGGCUGUUGUGCAGGAGACCGAUGACAGCCUGAACUUUGACGAGAUGAUCCUGCAAGCGGCUAAAUCCAUAAUCGCUGCCACGUCAGCUCUUGUACGUGCCGCCUCAGCCGCACAGAGGGAGCUUAUCGACCAGGGCAAAGUAGCGCGUCGUCCGGCGGCGUCGUCCGACGACGGCCAGUGGUCCGAAGGACUGGUAUCCGCCGCAAGACUGGUAGCCGCCGCUGCCCAUGCAUUAGUGGAAGCAGCCAAUGCCUUGGUCCAGGGCGCAGCAUCUGAAGAACGCCUGAUAUCCAGCGCGAGACAGGUGGCCGCGUCUACUGCUCAACUGCUGGUGGCUUGCAAGGUGAAAGCCGACCCCAGCUCGGAAUCGACCCGACGACUGCAGGCGGCCGGCGCGGAAGUCAUCCGCUCCACCGACGGGCUCGUGCGAGCCGCCAGGGACGCGAUACAUUGCGAGGAGGAGCGCAGCCUGGUCCUCAAUAGGAGGAUGGUGGGCGGGAUCGCGCAAGAGAUUGACGCCAGGUCUGAAGUACUGCGCAUCGAGAAGGAAUUGGAAGAGGCUCGCGGUCGCCUCACCGCCAUCCGCCAAGCCAAGUACAAGCUGCGCGGUGACACUGACACUGACACCGAUACGGAGCAUUUGGAUGCUUCCGAUGUUCGUCAGAGAUUCAAAACACCAAACAGCAGUUUCGCGAACACAACUUACAGUCCAAACAGUACAUACUCCAAUCAGAACACCACAAACCUCACCACCACCACCCACAACCUUUCCCAGAACAUAUCCAACUUAAACCAGUCCAUCCACGGCUACCAACCCCCUAAGUCACCUUACGCACCCUCUCCUACUAGCCCUAACGCUCACAACGCGAACGGAUACCAGAACGUAUACAGCCAGAGGGACGAAAAGCAGUAUACAGUUCAGAGCCCGACCUUCACGAGUUUCAGACCUCAGGAAGAACCGAAACAGAAUUACGAAGGAUUUACCACACGCCAAGACUCCAGUAAUGACAGAACGAUGAUGCGUAAUAACAGCAGCAUGGAUGCGAGCAUUGUAGUCAAGUCGUUACACCUACCGGAAGUGCGCACGGCUAAACUGGUCAGCGAGCCGGAGACCGUGCAGUAUAGAGCCGAGCGGGUUAACUACCGCACCGAAAGACCGCCGCCGCCGCCGCCCAGACGAGUCUCGCUACAAAAUUACGAGACUCGUCUGUACGACACGCCACGCCCCGUCAACGAGUACAAAAGGACUGAGGAAGAACAGAAGUACGAGUCUAGCCAAUACCAAUACACCAAAGAGAAGUACGGAUACGAUGCCCCCAAAGCGUCUCCGAUGAGCCCUAAGUUCAACGCGAGAGAGCUGAAAUUUGACGACAAACCCGAACCGAUAUAUUCUUCUCUUAAAAAGCCUUCCACUCCAAAAUCUCCCUUCGACGGUGUUGGACAAACCUUCUCUGAACAUCAGGUCUCGACAGAAGCCAUCCCUGGUGGCACAAAACACUCAGAAUUCUCCGUCAAAAGCGAAUCCUACCAGAGCUAUCCAAAGACGGAGUACAUUAAAACAGAAUCGCGUCAAGAAACCAAGUCUCCGUUCACCACUUCGACGCCCGCCAAAGACUUCGAUUACCCUAAAACAUCCACUGAACUGGUCAAAGCUGCAACCCCAGACUAUGACAGGAUAUCGUCCCCGUAUGGAAAGGAGACGCACAGCUAUGGCGGCCCGAACUAUAUGGAAGAAACCACCACCGAAGUAAAAGAAAUUCCGAACGGAACGCAAAAGAUCACCACCACCAAAAUAUACAGUUCGUCGCCGGUUAACAUCACGAGCACAAACACGAAAUACGAACCAAUAAAACUGGAAGGCAUCGACGAACUAUCGAAAUCAUUCGACAACGACUCGCGUUACAGCACCUUAGACUCUAGGUUCAACACUUUAGAGUCCAAAAUGAGUUCUGACACCAGUCGCUCCUUCAUGAGACCCUCGGAGUUCCAAUCGUCUGACUACCAAUCGACGACUAAUGUCACUAAAGUCAAAAAACCGGAUUUGUCCAAAGAAAUCGACAGCUUAGACAAGAAAUUGUCUAAACAGACUAUAACAUCGGAGACAAUUGAAAGAAAGUCAGUUAUGACCAGUUCACAUAAGUCUGAGACGAGUUCGACCGUCACCAAAAAAUUCGGCAACUUUUAAGGUAUUUGUUGGUUCAAAUGUUGGCCCAACGUUGGGCGUGUGUGGCUUCUCACGGCUGUCAAAUUGACGCUUGCAUUUGUGCGUUGGACGAUGUGUCUUAUGAUGUUAAGCUUAAAGUGUAGUUUUCAAUGCACGUUUAGCUGUAGUUUGACAUUAACGUAUAUUCUUGCGUCUUGUUGAUUUAAGUCUCGAAAAUAUUUUAGUCCUAUAAUAUUUUUUUAAGUUGUAUCUCAGUACAAAAUAUGAAAUCGUCAGAUCAAUUCAUCAUUAAGCCAUAAUGGUGCUUGCCAUAAACAACAGCUGGUUUUUAUUGAAACAUAUUUUUAUACAAUAUUUUACUAAGUUUAAACAUUGCAUUUACAUUAAGUAUAGUAUAGUAAAAUGUCAGAAAUAAUUCGCAAGGAUAUACGUUCAGUUAGUGGAUAUAAAUGAUCUGCGGUGCUAAAUAGUUUUUAUUUAUUAUUUAUAUGUAUAAUAUAAUAUUAUUAUGUAGUAGAGAACGCAGUGCCUACGAUUGGCCUUAACUAAAGAGUAUGUUCGAUUUUAACAAUUAUAUUUGAAGUUGAAAUUUUUGUGAAUUUUAUACAGAUUUAUUCAGACCUGGAGCCACCGAUAUGUUUUUAUACAAAAAAUAUAAUUUAUCGUCUACAAACGAUUUAAUAAUGACGAUAAUGAUUGAAUUGAAGUAUAAUAAUGAAAUAAAAAGUAUAAACUCUAAAAAUUGUGGCUACUUUGGUCUAACUAUGCUUGCCAAAUCAACUAAACUUUUAAACACUUAUAUAAUUUAAUGCUACUUAUCUGCAACUUAUACUUUUGUUCCUACUAUAAAAUUAAUAGUUGAAACCAUUUUUUUGUACGAAAGACUGAUUUGUAUUUCGUUAUUGGAUCUGACCUCCAUCUAUUAGCACAGCAAUCCAUUCACCUCUGUCAGUUGAACAGGGAUGUAAAGCUAAAAAUAUUAUAAUACUUUGCAAAAUUUAUACACACUUCAGAAAGUCUUCUUUCUUCUUUAGUUCUCCAUUUAACACAAGAUUCAAACAAAUAUAGUUGUAAUUUGACACGCAUAGUUUUAAACGAAUCACAAAGUGCUAACCCCGUUGGGGACCUUAUUCCUGAUGCCUUUCUUAAAAAUAUAUAUUUACUUAUGAUAUUGUUGGACAUUCUUAUGCCUUAUGUGUAGUAAGUCUACGGCUAGGAGCUUAUCAAUCCAAACUCACUUUACAUAGGUAAUAAGUAAACGAACACUUAUGAAUAAGUAUUUUUAAAAUAUGACUAACAUAAAAAGAUAGUAACUACUGAUAUUAUAUUGUUUCGUUGUCUUAUGUACAAACAUCAAUAAAAUAUCUAAUUUGGUUUGUGAACCAUUUUCAAGGCACUAUAUACAAAUAGUAAGUUUGUGACACUUAUAUAAACUCUAUAUUUUUUUGUAAAGUGUAUGGAUUCAUAAGUUCCUAACUAUAAAAUUUGCCGAGCGUGCCAUUAAAAAAAAGUUUAUUUAUUUAAAUAUCGUGCCUUCAAAUAAUUAAUCGUAAAUGAAAUCUCCGUGGGGUAUAUACAAGUGACUAAAAAGAAACUGUGUAUUAAAUUGUCAAUUCAAGCGGUGACUGAUUGACAUUUCAAAUACGCAAACUAUUUAUUAUGAACUGGAUUUAUAUUUAAAUAAUAUUUAUAAUUUAUAUUGCUUGUUAUAUACUCCAAAUGUAUAAUUGUACGAAAUAUGUGCCAUCGACCGCCAUGGUUAAUAAUACGUUGUAUAUAAACAUACUUGUAGUUAAGUAUAUUGUAGUAGUGAUCGUUUGGUGCAAUGUCUAUGAAACUAAACUUUUAACUAUUUACCCACUAAUGUACUUUUAGAUUGUAUACAUACUUAUAUAUUUAAUUGUACUAAAUUUUUAUAACAACUUAUAACAUGUAACAAUUGGAACGUAUAAAAAUUUUUAAAUUAACAAUUUUCAAAAAACGCACAUACAUUGUUCCGUUUUUUGAACGAUUGUCUUAAUUUUAUACAAUUAUUUAUACGUUUAAUUAGCGUUGUAGUAAUCUCAAAUUAUUUGAAAUAACGUAAUACUUAUAUUUGGGAUUUGUAGAAUGUAUUGUGUUUUUCUUUUUAUAGCACGAUUGUAACCGUGACGUCGACUGAAGUAGCCUGAACUUCAAGCUAAAUACAUUUUAAUGUAUAAAUGACACGAAAAUAUAUAAACAAAAUUUAGAUAUAUGAAGUGCCUUAGUUUUUUCGGCUUGAAAAAUAUAUGUUUUGAGUUUUUAUACAUUAUUUUGAUUUAUUGUAUAGAGAUGCCCGCGUAAGCGAUUCGUCCACUGAAGGUAUUGUAACACCAAUUGAAAUAGAGUAGAAUAUUAUUAUACAUAGUUGUAUGUAGCUUGUAAUAUAGGUAUAGUAUGGCUAUAUUAAUAUUUACUAUUCGCCCUUACGUAUAAAACAUCUAAACAAUACAAGUGAAUAUAAAUGAGCAGAAUAAUGUAGUAAAAGAAUUAUAUUAUACAAUCUUAGAAUUGCAGAUCUCUAAAGUCAGCUUAGAUAUUGGCAACUAUAUAAAUAUAAUAAAUUAUUAAGUACUUAAGGGUGUUUAAAUGGGCUCUAACGUGUCUUAAUGUGCUGUAACUUGAUGUUUUAUAUAAUGGAAAAUGUAUGGUUCUCGUAGUACUAGUAUACUAUAAUAUUAUAUAAAUAUUCAAUGUAGUUUUUGAUACAUAUAACUAGAAUAAGAAUUUAUGAAUUACAUUUACUGUCAAUAUUUGAAAACCAAAUAAAAUUACUAAUCAUUCAUUUAUAUUAUAAUAUUCUUAUGUCUCGACUUCGAUUUAUUUUUGAUUAUUAAUUAAUUAUUGAUUUUGUUAAUAUUUUUUUGAGAUUUUAUUCGGUUCGGUGCAAGAAAACUUUUGUUGGGGCAUUGUACGGUCCGUAUGACUAUAUUUGUAUGUAAUAAACUUGACUAAUAUAA